GAGAUGGAUAAAGUGAAGGUACUCAGCAAAUGGGUCAGUAUGUUUGGCAUGCGCGUCCCAAUUGCCUUGGAAGAGAAAGGUGUUAAAUAUGAAUACCAGGAAGAGGAUCUGGCUCCCAAUAAAAGUGAUCUCCUCCUGCAAAUGAAUUCUGUGUACAAGAAAAUACCUGUCUUGAUCCACAAUGGCCAGCCUAUAUGCGAGUCUCUUAUAAUUCUUCAAUACAUUGAUGAGGCUUGGGAUUACAAACAAUUAUUACCCAUCAACCCAUAUGACCGUGCCCUUGCUCGCUUCUGGGCCGACUUCAUAGAUAAAAAAGUAAGGUAUUCCCAUUUUCUCAUUUUAUGGUCAAAAGACAAGGUUGAGGAGGGCAAGCGUGACAUGUUGGAGAACCUUCAAUUUUUAGAAGGCGCACUAAAAGAGAUGUCGGCAGGGGGGUCCCUCCCUUUUUUCGGUGGGAAGGAUUUUGGGUUUCUUGAUAUUGCCUUCAUUCCCUUUGCUUGUUGGUUCCAUAUUUAUGAAACUAUUGGGAAUUUCAAGAUACCAUUUGACAGUGAAUACCCACUUCUUGAUGCUUGGGUUAAGAGAUGUAUGGAGAGGGAUAGUGUUAAGAAAGUCCUUCCCUCUCCUGAUAGAGCCCUAGAACACAUAUUACAAUUAAGGGAGAGAUAUAUGGUUGGUUAA